AUGUCCUCAUUGAAACAAUUAAAAGAGCAGUUUGUUUCUGAUUUACUGGGCGGCUCGAUCGAAGAAAUAUACGUGGUCACUUCUGUUGCAUUGACUUCCUACUUGGCUUACAAGCUUAUCAAAGGCUCUACACUACAGCUUCCAAUUUUAUACGACUUUAUCAUCAAUGUAUUAACAAUCCUUACUGCAAUUACCAUUUAUAGUGGUAACCCAGUAACAUUGCAUUACGCUAUUAUUAUACCUGCAGUGACUAUUUUCAUUGUUAGCCAUUUUAUUAGAAACUCGAAUCUGAAUAAGAGACUGCCGAAGGGUCAGCGCGAGAGUGACAAUAGCGUGGACGAUGACAGAGACGAUGGCGCCAUUGAAGUUACAAAUACCGAUGUGUUGUUACCAAAAAAGAGCUUUCUUACUGCUUAUAGGUCUCACAUGUUGAUAAUCACCAACUUGUGUAUUCUUGCGGUUGAUUUCAAUGUAUUUCCUAGAAGAUUUGCUAAAGUUGAAACUUGGGGCACAUCAAUGAUGGAUCUCGGAGUUGGCUCGUUUGUGUUUUCUAUGGGGUUGGUCAAUUCAAGACAAUUAAUCAAGAAUUACACAGAGUACAAGUUCAACAUCAAGAGCUAUUUUAAGAUAAUUAAAACCAAUGCAAUAAAAGCAUUGCCAGUUUUAGUUCUUGGAAUUGUGAGAUUUGUCAGCGUGAAGAAGUUGGAGUAUCAAGAGCACGUAACCGAGUAUGGCAUACAUUGGAAUUUCUUCAUUACUUUGGGGAUGUUGCCUAUUUUGACAGGAGUGCUAGAUCCCUUAUUAAAUCUCGUGCCACGUGUUGCUUUAGCGUUUGUGUUUUCAUUACUUAACGAGUAUAUGCUCAAAAAGACCAAUAUGUUACUGUUUAUCUUGAGCAGUGAAAACAGAAUGGACAGCUGGGUAACCAUGAAUAAAGAAGGAAUGUACUCUUUGAUUGGCUACUUUACUAUCUUUUUAUUUGGACAGUCAUUUGGUUCGUUUGUCCUAACUUCAUAUCCAACAAAGAACAAUUUGAUGCUGAUUGGUAAAAUAAGAGUAACAAGAAGAACAUCUACUAGAUUAACAGUGACUACGACACAAGGUUUGAUUAUAGCCUCGUUUUUUUACCAAAUUGUAUUUACCUUGGUAGAGAGUUCAAAGUUCACUACUAGCAUUAGUCGAAGACUAGCCAAUUUCCCAUACAUUCUAUGGGUUGUUUCCUACAAUUCGACAUUGUUGCUAGGAUACCAUUUGAUUGACAAAUAUAUCCCGCAUGCGUCGAACAAGGAGUCAUUUUUACUCGACAGUAUCAACAACAAUGGUUUACUAAUUUUCCUUUUGGGUAACCUUCUAACAGGAUUAGUGAAUAUGACCAUCAAUACUCUUAAGGUGUCAAACACAGUGGCAGUGGGAGUGUUGAUUCUCUAUAGCUCUGCAUGGACUGCUGUUGCUAUUUAUUUGAACAGGAGAAAAGUAUACAUCAAAUUAUGA